UUGUAAUCUUUGCUCAGUCCAACGUGGUCCCUUCACCCGGGCUCCGCUCUUGCCUUCUCCACACUUGCUUGAGACCUGGCAAGGUGCGGAACCCUCCAGAAGUGCGGUCAAGCGGCGGCAGCGGCGGCGGCAGCGGAGACGGCGAGCCAGGAAUCUUCCCCCGCGUCCCCAACUUCCCCGUGAUGCGGCGGAACCCCCGGAGAAAGUUUGCAAAGUUCCAGCGGGCGCGGCGAGGACGCCGGGUCACCUAGGGGGCGGGCGGGCAGGCGCAGGGGGCUCGCUCCCUCCCAGGUGCUGAGCCUUCUGCUGCACCUCCCCGUGGGGCUGCCUGCCGCAGAUGGUGGGGGCGCGCGCCAGGGGUGGGGACGUCGCCCUUGAAGGGCACUUGGCUUUCGCUCCAGGCGCCGAAGGCUCGAGAGUGGCGAGGCUCUGCUGGCGUUUACGUCUCUAGCCGCGUCCUGUCCUCGCAGGCAUCAUUGUCUCUUCCCCGCCGCUGCCCCAAAUGACAGCUCUCACUUUUGCCUCUGCGGCGCGGUGGCAGUUCCCAGGACUCGGCGGCGGAACCUUCUUCAGCAGAUUCUCCAUGAAACCGCUUAAACUUUUUACGAAGUUCUUAAGAGGGGCGAAGGAACCAAGGAGAUGUUUCUCCCGGCGGCUGCAUCCUGCUUCUUUGCUAUAGAUUUAUUUCGGGGGGUGGGGAGAGGGGUAUCAGGUAAAUAAAGCUCCAGACGUUGUCUACCCCCUCCCCAAUUUUCCCUGAAAGGGUGCCACCCCCACCGAUGCUUGUUGAAGGCCAGGAACUGGAGUGGGCUGCUUGUGUAUUUCGUCGUCAGUGUGUGCAGUGUGUUUGAUUUGAACUUUUCCCUCCCUCUCUGACGUGUGUCAAGGAAUAAGGGCUGGAUACAGGUCCAUUACGUCAUUCUGCAGGCCAGUGUUUGAUUAACAGUUUCAGAUACUCAAGGGUUUCGGGGACUUAGAAUGCUGACCAAGCAACUCUGCUUUCCAUCCCCACCUCCUAACAUUCUCGUACAGUCGCCCUUUCCCUGGGCAUCUUUGUUGCCCUCUCCUCCUGGACCCCUCCUUCUCACCCCCUCUCCCGCCCACACCGUUAUCACUCUGGCCCCGCCUCCGCCUUUUACUGCUCUCCCUGGGGCGACUGCUUUCCCUGGAGUGUGGGUAAGAGCUUCUGGUGUCUGAGGGGAGCACAGUACCUGAUCAGCGCACACACAAUCUGCCCUUUUCUAUUAUUUAAGAAAGGCACCAGCCAGCCGCUCUUCUCCAGGGCGAAAAUGCUCAGCGCUAAUAGAAAAGGCAUCUUAGUAGAUGGUUAUAGAGACGGUAUGAUAAAAGUGUGACCCUGUAGUGAUUUAGGAAAACGACACACUUGUUGCUAACAAAGUACUUAAUUUUACAUAUCGCCUUCCUCCAAACCGCUUAAGCCGAAGAGGGAAGACGAAGUGAGGAUGCUGACUAAAUCAAAUUUAGCUGAAAGAAUCAAGAUUAAACAGUUCAUUUCCAAAGUGAGGGCAUGUGAGUUGUUAUACCCAAAGUACCGUACAAUAAAUUGGUGCGUGUGUUUCUUUCUCUUAACCUGAAGUUUCUGUAUUUAAAGAGGAAGUUAAAUACCUAAGUCAUUAAACUGAGUCAAAAUCUCCAUAUCUGGCAGUUGAAAUAAAAACUGUGUGUGUGACAUGUUUAAGGGAUAAAAGUAAAAAGAACUCUUAAGGGGUAGGGGUGUAAAGCAGAAAUCAAAAAAUUAACUGACAGGAUUUUGGAUGGAGAGGGGCAGAGGAUUUGAGUGCUCUCUGAUUUGGAGUUGGUGAAAGCUAAAUAAAAGAAAAUUUAUGUUGCGUAUGUGGGAAUUUCUUGAAGAACACGUAUUUUGUUAUAAUCAAAUCUAUUUUCUUCAAAGUAAAAACCAUGCUGUAGAGUAGGCAUUUGUGAAAUUCUUGUCUGGGGUCUAAUUGACAUCCUUUCCUAAGUUUGCAGCAGUAUUUAUUAUUUAUUCACAUUCAGAGAUGGAAUAGUAUAACCCCCACAUAAUGUAUAUACAUCUAAAAUGUUAAACUUCUUGUUUGUGAUGCAUGGACCUAAAGGAAAAAAAGGCCCGGGUCACUGGCACUGGAGAGUGUGAUUAAUGAUCAGUGAUUUAGUGAUCACUGAUUAGUGGUUUUAUUCAAACUGUUACCUCUGACCAGAAGCACACAUCAGAGGAUUAACAGGCUCUUUAGAUAAAUGCUCAUUAGUGGAAGGGGAAAAGCAAAGAUAAUAGGCAUGCACCCAGGGACAACUUUCGAAGAAAAUCAUUCCCGUCUUCAGAAUAAUAAGCUCUAUUAACAGAAAGCCCUUUUAAUUUAAAACUUGCUUUUAUCUUGUAAAUCAAAGUUAGAUGUAAAAGUUUGUAGUGCCAUUAUAACCUAAAUUUUCCCAUAUCCACUCGAUGUGGAUUAUCUCAGUAGCGAUAUAUUUUUUUUUAUUUAAAUAAACAAUUGGACCUUUAGAGCAGCUGAACCCUGACAAGUUCUUAACUCUCAGGGUUUGAAGGUGUCCCCCCUUCUAGAAUGGAGAAUGCAACUUGCUAACUAGAUGGCGCACUGUUAUUUGGCGUUCUGUGCUGUGAAGUGCAAAGUCUAAAGGAGCAAGUAGCUGCUUGUGAGGUGUUCUUCAACACUUACAACAAAGUUGAUUCUGUGUAGGGUUGGAGGCUAGACAGUUCUACAAGUUUUUAGUCACUUUUUCCAUGUCAGUUAAAUCUAGGGAGUUCAAGACUACUGGAAAAAUUAGUCUCAUUACUAAAAGAAACUUAGAGAACGAGAGGAGAGGAGGUACGGGAGUCUAGGAGGUACCUUCGGGUUGUAGGAGUGAUUGUAAAAUACCAGUCCUGUUCUUAUUUUACUAAGAGCUAUUUUCACAAUCUUAUGGUCUGAAAUACUGAGGCAAAUACUCAAAGACUGAUUUUCUUCCUAAUCUUGCUGGUGAAAAGAAGUUAAAUAGAAAGAAAGGAAGAGAAAACUUGAUUUGGUGGCUGCAGGAAGCAACACGUUGCUGCUUUAUUCUACAGAUAAUGAUUUAUGAGGAAUCCAAGAUGAAUUUGGAGCAGGAGAGGCCGUUUGUCUGCAGUGCUCCAGGCUGCUCCCAGCGCUUCCCAACAGAAGACCAUUUGAUGAUUCAUAGGCACAAGCAUGAAAUGACUUUGAAGUUUCCCUCAAUAAAAACAGACAAUAUGCUAUCAGAUCAGACUCCGACCCCAACAAGAUUCCUGAAGAACUGCGAGGAAGUGGGGCUCUUCAAUGAGCUGGAUUGCUCUCUUGAACAUGAGUUCAGGAAGGCCCAGGAGGAGGAGAGCAGCAAACGGAAUAUCUCGAUGCACAGCACAGUUGGUGGGGCCAUGUCGGGGCCUGGAACUCACCAUCUUGGCAACACCCGGAUGCCCAACCACGACACCAGCGUUGUGAUUCAGCAAGCCAUGCCGUCACCUCAGUCCAGCUCUGUCAUCACACAGGCACCUUCCACCAACCGCCAGAUUGGGCCUGUCCCAGGCUCUCUAUCUUCUCUGCUACAUCUCCACAACAGACAGAGACAGCCCAUGCCAGCCUCCAUGCCUGGGACCCUACCCAACCCUACAAUGCCAGGAUCUUCCGCCGUCUUGAUGCCAAUGGAGAGACAAAUGUCAGUGACCUCCAACCUCCUGGGAAUGCAAGGUCCAAAUCUCAGCAAUCCCUGUGCUUCUCCCCAGGUCCAGCCAAUGCAUUCAGAAGCCAAAAUGAGGCUGAAGGCCGCGCUGACUCACCACCCUGCUGCCAUGUCCAAUGGAAAUAUGAACACCAUGGGCCACAUGAUGGAAAUGAUGGGCUCCCGGCAGGACCAGACGCCGCACCAUCACAUGCACUCACACCCCCAUCAGCACCCGACACUGCCAACCCACCAUCCCUACCCUCACCAGCACCAGCACCCCACACACCACCCCCAUCCACAGCCCCACCACCAGCAGAACCACCCACAUCACCACUCGCACGCCCACCUUCACGCACACCCAGCACAUCACCAGACCUCGCCGCACCCACCCCUGCACUCCGGCAACCAAGCACAGCAGGUUUCACCAGCCACACAACAGAUGCAGCCAACCCAGACGAUACAGCCGCCCCAGCCCGCAGGGGGGCGCCGGCGAAGGGUGGUGGAUGAGGAUCCCGACGAGAGGCGGCGGAAAUUUCUGGAACGGAACCGGGCAGCCGCCACCCGCUGCAGACAGAAGAGGAAGGUCUGGGUGAUGUCACUGGAAAAGAAAGCAGAAGAACUCACCCAGACAAACAUGCAGCUUCAGAAUGAAGUGUCCAUGUUGAAAAAUGAGGUCGCACAGCUGAAACAGUUAUUGUUAACGCAUAAAGACUGCCCAAUAACAGCCAUGCAGAAAGAAUCUCAAGGAUAUUUAAGUCCAGAGAGUAGCCCUCCUGCCAGCCCUGUCCCAGCUUGCUCUCAGCAGCAGGUCAUCCAGCACAACACCGUCACCACUUCCUCGGCAGGGAGCGAGGUAGUAGGAAGCUCCACCCUCAGCCAGCUCACCACCCACAGAACAGACCUGAAUCCCAUUCUUUAAAAUCCACGGCUCAGACCUUUCCUCCAAGAAGCGCUGUCGUCUAUCACGCGUCCUUUCUUUUAAGGGCAUUUUUAGAAUUAACUCAGACCUGGAAGACUCCUCAGCCCUUCAAAGACUGGCUUUCAUUUUUACAGUUAUUAUGGAAAUGUUGUCUUUUAUACUUAGUUAUAUAAGAAAGAAGGGAGUUAUGCAAUUAAUAUCUAUCAGCUUGGGAAAUGCUUUGGUGCUUUUCUCUAAUUUCCUGGUACCAAUUACUUGUUUAUAAACUGAAGUCUUUCUGUAUAUAGUCAUAGUUUCAUUCUUAUCAGUCCAAUGUUUGCCUGAAAUAUUGACUCUUGUUAUACCGCAGCUUUUAGCCCAAAUGAGGCAUACCUAGAUGCCAAGUAAACAGACACAAAGUAACUGGGUGAUGAGUCUGAGGACAUCAUGACAUAGGGUUGAGUUUGUGCUGUGAUGUCACCAGAACCCCAGAUAAACACAAAGCCUUUUCCAUAACUGUUUUUCUCUUAACUAUAAAAAAUUAUAAGAUCCACUGACGUCCAAAUAAAAUCAUCAAGCAUCUCACCACCUUUCCUCCUCCUCUUGGCCCACUUCCUUGAAUGCCCAAUUUUCCUCUCCAUUUCCACUUUUUCCUGGGCUCCCUAUUUAUUCUUCAUUUUUACUUUGUUCAUUUUAUUUCCUCCCCCUUUAGCAUUGCAUGUAAAGAAGAAAAUAAUGUUUAAAGGAAAGAAAGCAAACCUCAAAAAUGUGGAUCUAGCCAUGGCUUCCCUCGCCCAUGACCCACAGCUGGAGUUCAUUCAACUCUUGCUUUUUACAAAAUAGUAACUGGGAGAUGUUUAAUGUGCCUGAUUUAAGGUUUUUAAUAAUCACAGCAAAUAAAAGGUGGCUUAGCCAUAGGUGAAGCACUGUUGAAUGCCAGCUGUGGAGACACCAGGGAAGGGAACUUUGUAAGCCUUGAUUGUGAAAGUCCAAAUUAUGAUGCGGGGCUAUAACAUCACACCCUCGAAUUACAACUGGUUUUAUAUGGCCUGUCUAUAACGUUGAAAGUCUGUGUACUAUGUAAUAAUUCAGAAGGGCUCUAUUCACUACACAGACUACAUUGCUAAUAGCCUAAGACUUUUUUUUUUCUUCUUCUUCUUACGUCAAUGGAACCAGCUUUGCUGUUCUGGUGGGUAAAGUAGACAAACUACUGGAGGGGAACAAAGAGAGAAAGAAAACCUAAUGUUUCCAUAGGGCUGCUUUCAGCCAUCCCACAACAGUUAAAGCACUUUCUGGCUGCUGAAAGAAUCCCAUGGAUAUAGCCACUCCACUCUUCACAUCUCUGAUUUAUAUUUUCAAUGACUUUCAUGGACUUGCCCAUUAUAAAAAGCAGAUAGUCCCGAACCACAGUUGUGCCUCCUUGAAACAAGCCAUUCUACUGUGCUAAUGUUUUAAUAUAGCAUCUCACAAAUAACAGGGGCUGAUGUUUCUCUCUAGCCAUCUAGACAGGUGCUGGUGUUUCAUCUCCAUUUGAAUGCUUGACCUCCUAACACGAGUGUGUGUAUGUGUGUGUGAGUGUGUGCAUGGGAUUUAAAAGAAUUGUAUUUUACAAGAGGUGUAGCUUUUUAUAAGAGUUCAGAAAAGGGAAGGACGUGUUUUGUUUUUUUCUCACUAUAUUGUAAGAAUCUAUUUUGGAGAACAAAAGAAAAUAGGGUCAUGAAGCAUGAUUUUUAUAACUAGUUUCGGUUUUAUCUAAUAACUUACUUUUUAAAUCAAUAUUUAUCAACAAUCUUUUCACAUAUACAGUGCUUUCAAAAGAAAGUUCUGAGUGUCCAAUGAAACUCAUGACUGGAUAUAUAGUCUAAAAAGUGAAACAAAAGCAAAAACAAACAAAAAAAAAGAGAAAAAUGCAAAUGAAAAGGAUUUUCUAUUAUAUUUUAGACAAACAUAUCAUUUAAGUAUUUUAAAUACUGAAUACAUAGUUGUUUUGUUUUAUUUUGAAUCUCAGAAGUAAUAUAGCUGACUGGUUUAAACUAACUGGCUUCCUAAGAAAUAUUUAAGAGUUAGCUAAAAAAAGUAGUUAACAUUCUUAUCUCUACUUUGACAACAGAAUUGAUUUUUUCAGAACUCCUUCUUAGGACCAUCUGCAUGUCUCCCUAAAAAGGAAAAAGAGCUCAUUGAAAUGUUUGGCUUUUAAAAUUUAUUUUAUUUUAUUUUUUACUUUAAGUAAACAAAAACUUCUUUCUUUACUGCAUGCAUAGCACUUAAUGAAAUGGAUUUUUUUAAAAAUCCAGUGGUAAUAUCAAAGUGUCCAGGGAGUGGGCUGUCACUAAAAUUAUGGUUUACUUUCUGUUCCACCUCUUGAUUGAAAUAUUUCGUUGUUAAACUGAAAGCCUCUGUAACUAAGAACUUGUCAGAGUUUUCUUAAUUCAGCAACUUGACAGUUUGACUGAUGUGCAUUAUAUAUAGCUCAAUUAUGUCUGUUUUUUAUGCUAAGCAGGCAAACCAACCACACACGUUAGCAAACGGGCCUCAACAUAUAAUUAGAAUAAACUGUCUUCUUGUUGUACUCCAGGCCUUCAGGGAUGUUCAUUAGCGGUGUGAAAAUACAGAAGGUGGGAGAAGCCAGCUAGCUGUCAGAGCUUCUUGAAAUCCUGAACAGAAAGGCUCAGUGGUCGGACCUGCCAGUAGGCUUAUCAAUAUUAAGUAUUUCACUUGAAGGCCUAGCCUUCGCCAGACCACGGAAUACUCAGUCGGCCUGAAAAAUCCCCCCUUCUUACCAAUCUGGGAAAACAUCUCUCUAUCCCAUUUUCUUCUCCCACUCAAUUACCGGCUCACGCAUCCAUAUUUUCACAGAUCAGUUGUAACGACCUUCAGAGCACACCAUGAGGAGGCCAGGGCCCUGGUGUACUGCCUCACCCAUGUGGUUUUUUAAUUGGCAGGAACUGGCUUUGAAGUCACUGCUCGCCUACCUGGAAGCUUCUCCUGGGCCUCCCCUGCCUAUGCAAUGGGAGUUAACAACUUAGGUACAUCUGAGGGUGUCUCUACCAGGUGAAUCCUCAACUGCACGGAGGCAUCCACAUCUUGUUUUUCCUUUUAAGACAUUUCUCCACAUAUGAUGUGGGGAUGGGUAUCAUGAAAAUCCCAGCCAUGGAUGAAUGUACUCAUUUGAAAACCCAGUGUUAGGUUGGAUGUUUUCCCUGUCCACUCCCACUCAACUCUCUCCUACCUCCGUGGCAACGUAUGCAAGUCACAGUCUUAACAGGGCCUGUGGGAGACAAGCAGUUUGUGCUCUGUCACCUCAUGCAUUGUUAUACUUAGGGUGACUUAGAGCAAAUGCUCUUCGGAGCCUAUCCAGUCAAUGAAAUCAAACGCAGCACAUGCUCCAAAUAGAGGGGCGACAAUGGUGAAUGUUCAGGGGGUUGGUGCCUGUUAGGUAAGUGAACUUUAGUGUGUUAGUUGAGUUUAUCACUAAAAUCUUAAACCAGCUGGGGUAAAAGACCAGCCUUUGGCUGGGGGGGUUUAAGCAUCAGUAACUGCUAUAAAACUAGCCAUCCAGUUAGGAUAGAAUGUGCUUCUUUCUGGUUAAUAAAAACCAUCUAAGAAAAUAUAUAUGUAUGUAUGUGUAUAUACAGUGGAAUUCAAGGACCAAAGCAAAAUUUGAACAGGAAUCUAUUAAUUUAGAAUUUUAUAAGAUAUUUAUUAAUAAAUGUUAUUUUUAAACAUUCCAUUUGAACAGUAUUCUUCUGUAGGAUCUACUUGUUUUUGAAGUGUUAGUUCCUAAUAAACUACUCUAAUUGUAUCUUCAUUUUUUCAGGGUUUCAAAUGGCUAUUUUCCAUCAUUUGGUGGAAAUGUUUGCUUAGAUCUCUGUGCAUAGAAAUUUUAAGGAUUUGUAUUGAUCUGUGAGUUAUUUUUUUAUCUAUGUUCUGAACGGUUUUUAAAAACAUUUUUUUCUCUUUUAAUUUUAAAGUAAACUCUUUCUUUUAGGAAGCAGAGCUCAGCUAAAGGGAAUCAGUAACUGGAACUGGAACAGCUUUCUUAGAAAAGUGUAAACCCACUUCCUCUCUGCUUCUCUCCCCGCUACCCCACUUGCCUAGAAUGCCUUGCACUAUUAGGCUUCCUCAGUGCCCUUUUUGUCCCUGCCCAAACAAUGUGCAGUAGCUUUAAGCCAUUCAAGUUCCAUUAUGCAGUAUAUCUGAGAAGGAAAAGGAAACAACACAUUUGAAUUUGAAUGAAACUGUGCCUAUGCGAACCAUAGCAGUUUAGAACCUCUCUUCUGCUUUUAAAGUAAUUUAUAUUUUAAAAUUGCACUUUAGCUUUUUUGAUCCUUUUCUAUUUCUCCUGUUCUCUUUUGCCCUUCCUCCCUGUCCUCAAACUUGGCUUCACUCCCCACUGUGGCACUCCCCCACCCUUUCUCUAAGGCUCUGAGCUGCAUCAUUUAAAAUACAGAAUAUUUGCACCAGGUACAUUUGCAAGCGUUCAUUGGUAACAUAGUGAAGACAUGUUUCUCUCAUCAGCCUAGAUGAAGCCUGCUUCGAGAAUACCAAGAAGAGCCAGUUUAUAUUCUUUAUCUCUUUAUUCAUAGCAUGUUUUUUAAAAUGGUAUAUUAUGCAACAGAUGUGAAGCAGCAGCUAAGCUACCCUUAAGAUUUUUCUGUCUCAUCCUCCAAACCAAAGUGUCCUGAAUGAGCCAGGAGACUUACUCUUGUGCGUGUGGUGCACGUUAGGCUGUGGCCCUACCAUUGUCUUGCUGAGGCUGCUGAAAUGACUGGCAGGGGCCCUAUAUAUUUCAGUCCUUGGUCUCAAAACUACAAUGUUGCCUUGUACCAUAAUUAGGGACAGCACCUCUAUUUCACAAUUAUAAUCUAAGAAAAGACAAGAAGACACUGAAGCAAUAAACUUACAAGUAAAAACCAAUACCAAAACAGAUAAAUUAAAAGAAAGGAAGAAAAAUGUCCUAGCUUGUUGUGAAAAUGAAAAAGUGGAUGUCCAUUCAAAAUAUUUUACUAUACCUUCUGGAGUUUUUCAGUGACGUAGUGCUUAUAGCCAAAUUGCUUAAAGAGUGUUUAUAUAUUUUUUUCCUUAUAAAUUGUCUAUUUUUAAAAAAAAAAACUAUUUAACCACAAGUUGAAGAGGCGGGUAAGGCCAGAUUGCCAGCAUUUGUUGAAAGAUUAGUACUCUGAAGUGGUAUUCUGAUACCUUUCCAUGCUUAUCAUCAGAGGGGAAUCAAUAAUUAUCAACUGUUAUAUAGACCAACUUACAAUAUGUAGCUUAUUAGAAGCCAGGAUUUAGAAAGCUCUUCUGAAGUCAUCAAGAUUUUCUUACACUGAGUUUCAUAUUAUAGAACUUUAUAAGCGUUUUUUUUUAACAGAAUCAUUUUAGCCGCAGACUGAGAAUGUGGAACCUGAAUAAAUUAGCUUUAAAAUCAUCAUUAAAAUCUUAUCUGCAAUAAGCUCAUGAGAUUCUAGUUUGCUCCUUUAGAGUACAAGUGCUUUAGACACUACAGGAGAUGAUGAAAGGUAUCAGCAUGGCUGAAGUGGAGGGUGUUUCCAAGAAAGGACCCUUCCCAACCAGCCAGCCAGUACAUAAGAAGACCUACCCACCCUCUUUCCUUCUGAGUUCUGCUAAAUCACACCUGCCUCAUAGAGGAGUUCUGCCUUUGAGGUUUGUCUUGGAGAAAAGAUAAGCUUGAAAUGUUCUCUCUGAAGGGGACAUGAGGUUUGGGAUCUUCUAGAAAUGCCCAGAAAAGGGGCUCAGUUCAAACACAAUGUUCUAGGACAAUUGGAAUAUAAAUAUUGUCCAAAAACAGAACUAAAAGAAAAAAAUUUAGCAUUGUGCAAAGUGUGUGUUAACUAAGGAAGUCCCAAAAAAGGUGCUGUCACUUUAAGUUCUGGACAUGGGGGUUGUUUGUAAUUGUAAACAACAAAGCAUUUGUGUUUGUCUGUCUAUUUGUGAAGCAACCACCUUCCUUAUUGGAAGGAGAAAAAUAAUUAGGGGUACAUACAUGUAAAUACUUGCUGCAGCAUUUAAUAUGUUUAAUUUUAUGUUAAGCUUUUUGUUGCAUUGUGAACACAUUUAUUGUUAUCAAUGGACAGUGAGUUCAUUAAGACUGUUCAACUAGGUCAGAUUUUUACAUCUCUUUCUGCAAGAAGAGACAAGAUUUUGUGCAUUUGUACAAAUGUUGAUAUCACUGCAAUUCCAAUAUAAUAAAGCACUCAAAUGCAAAUAAUGUAUGUAA